GAAUAGAGUCACUGUUUUCCUAUUCUAGCACUUCUGUCCUGCUGUUUCACAUAACAACGCGUGGAUUGCGAAAAUCUUUGCAAGACAGUGAGGAGGAGGGCAAAAGAUUCACCAACUCCAUUUGAAAGUGUGGCUCAGCUCUUAGCUCGGCUCACAUUAAGUGGUUGACAAUCCUAUGGCGAGAACUGGUUUGGAUGGAGAGUAUCCAAACAUCGUAGAAAAACUCAACCACACGGAUGACGAUAAAUAUUUAACGUUGAAGGAGCUUCUGUGUUCGAGAAGCUUUGUUUUCUUUUUCGGCGUCCAUAUCUUAGCUUUGGCUGUAUUCUUUGUACGCUUUCAGUGGAGUUUUUUGCAUUUGGCACUUGCUUCCUAUUGCGUUCGUAUGUUGGCGAUUACCGCUGGUUAUCACCGUUACUUUAGUCAUCGCGCUUUUCGAACCAGUAGGAUAUUUCAGUUUGCCUUGGCUUGUUUAGGUUGUUCCGCGUGUCAAAAAGGUGUGCUAUGGUGGGCUUCUUGGCAUCGACACCAUCAUCGUUACGCUGAUACUGAACAGGAUGUGCAUUCUCCCUAUUUUGGUGGGUUUUGGUGGUCACACAUGGGCUGGUUUCUGUUUUCAGACAGACACGUGGCCAUUCAGUGGCACCUCAUUCCAGAUCUUGCCGUUUAUAAAGAGUUAUUAUGGUUGGAAGAACACCAUUAUUUGCCAGGUAUUAUACUUGCCAUAGUUUCUUAUGUUAUGGGCGGUUUUGGAGGCUUUAUUUGGAUUUUUUGUCUUAGCACUGUUAUUUUGUGGCAUGCAACAUUUACUGUGAAUUCCCUUUGUCAUUUGUAUGGAUAUCAGAAUUUCUUAUGUGAAUAUCAUGAAUCUUGUAAUGCGAAGAAUAAUAUUCUAUUGGCCAUUCUUACGCUAGGCGAAGGCUGGCAUAACAACCAUCAUAGUUUUAUGGGAUCAUCCAAACAAGGUUUUGAAUGGUGGGAGAUAGAUCUCUGUUAUUACUUUAUCAGAAUAAUGUCCAGUUUGGGAUUGAUAGAUUCAUUCAGAGUCCCAAGUUCUGAACAAAUAGAGUUAAGAAGAUUGAGGUCCCAAACCAGAUCGGAAUUAUCCACUAGUGUCAGUGACCAUUAGUAUAAUCAUUUAUUCUUUGAAAAGAUGAAAAGCACAUUCAGGAACUUUGCCAUUUUUGUGUA